GCAACAUGUAACUUGAUCUCAUCUUCAUCGCAGAUUGAAACAAGCCAAUUAGAGGUCGCGAUUUAGAUAGCUUCCAACCCGGCUUGCCUAUCUCAACUCAUAUGCUAUCAUGGCAGCUAAAAUCAUUGUCCUAGGCAGCAUCAAUGGCAAGUUUGAGUCUGUCUUUCAGAAGCUCGCGACUUUACACCAAAAGCAGAACUUCUCCUUCGCCAUCAUUACGGGCAAUCUUUUCAGCGCCGAUCAAGAUGACGAUACUAUCUCGCGACUUCUCAACGGCGAGAUUCAAGUCCCUCUCUCAACUUAUUUUACCAUAGGGACGACUCCAUUACCUAGCCAAGUCGUCGAGCGCGUCGAGAAAGGUGAAGAUGUCUGCGAGAAUCUUCAUUUCCUCGGCAAGAGAAGUGUUACUAAAACGUCAGACGGAAUUCGAAUCGUAGCAUUAGGUGGUAUUCUCGACACUACCAUUAUCGGCGGCCAGUCCAAGGAGCAGCAUCUUCCUCUACAUACUGCCGACGACGCCAAAGUGUUACGUGGCGCGAAUGCUACCGAUAUACUGCUUACAACCUGCUGGCCAUCUAAAGUAUGGACAAACUCGAGCAAGGCUUUAACGCCUGAAGAGCAAUCCUUCAUCACAAGCACCAACGAAAUCGCCGAUCUAUGCGCCACUCUUAAACCGCGUUAUCAUUUCUCAAUGUCGCCUGCCGACUUCUUUUACGAGCGUGAGCCUUUCUUCCACCCACCGAGUAGCCCCGACUCCGACCAAAAGCCUGUCACGCGAUUCAUCUCGCUUGCCUCAUUCGGCAAUGCGGCUAAGGCGAAGGCUAUGUACGCCUUCAAUCUCGUCCCCGGAGAGGUACCUUCUGCGAUUCCUCCUGGCAGUACUGUCUCCCCUUUUAUUGUUAGGGCCAAUACGAGAAAACGGCCAAAUCCUACGGACGACCGGACUAAUGGCCACGAUCACCACGGCGGUCGUCGUGUCCGCCGUCGAAAAGAUCGAUCACCCCCUCCCGGUCCAGAUCGGUGUUUCUUUUGUCUUAGCAACACCGACGUAGACACGCAUAUGGUCUGUGCUAUAGGAGAUGACGCUUACGUCACUACAGCCAAAGGCCCAUUGCCCAGUUCUGAUACAUUUGCUUCCUCCGGACUCUCCUUCCCGGGACACCAGCUUAUCAUACCCCUCCCUCAUGAGCCCACCAUCCGCUCAAUGGGUGAAGACGCUCAUAAGACUUAUCAAGAAAUGGUGCGUUUCAAAGAAUCCAUGCAAGCUAUGGUGGCAACGCAGUCGAAGUUCAAAUUAGGCGCAGUGACGUUUGAAAUUAGUCGACAAUCCGGUAUUCACGUCCAUUGGCAAUUCAUACCCAUUCCUUCGGAGCUGAUUCGAAAGGGCCUCGUCGAAGCUGGAUUUAAGGUGGAGGCUGAAAAUCGCCAGUUUCCACCUUUCGAGGAGACAGCUCUGGAGUCUGGCAUUGACGAGACCUCCGACUUCUUUCGUCUCUGGAUUUGGUCCGACGAUAGUGACACCGGCAUCCAAAGCAAGGAGUUGGUAAUGCGCUUUGAUAGUAAUAUGCGCUUUGACCUCCAGUUCGGUCGCCGAGUCAUAGCGAAGCUCCUUGGCCUCGAAGACCGGCUUUAUUGGCAAGAUGUCGUUCAGUCUAUCGUAGAGGAGACCCAGGAUGUCGAGAAAUUCAAGGAAGCAUUUAAGCCUUGGGAUUUCACUCUAGCAUAAUCCGGUUAGCAUUUUCGGAAUUGGCGUUGGUGGCUCGCAAAAGUUUUAUACCCUGUUCUAAGUUUUUACUCUACGGAGUCCAAGUGAACGUCGCAGAGUUACAAAAGGUUAUAACUAUCGUUUAUUAUGGUCGACCACAUAUAUAUCGAUGAUUUAUAGUAUAUGGCUUGGUGGUGGGCCUAUCAUUUGGUGCAUAUGAUCAUAGUUAUGCUGGUAGCCGGUUAUCAUGACGCCUACCUACGAUUCCAAGCAUCAUGGCGAAGAAUUUACCGUUCCAAAUAUUCAUAUAAUAUAUAGUUUACGAUGUACUUGAUCGUCACAUCAAAAGGAUCGUCUAAUCAUAGAAUAAUAGGCAACUUAAAUACGCAGACAAUCGUCAAAUUGAUCUCU